AUGAAAUCUUAUAAAGUGAUUAAACUAUUGAAUGGACACAAGAGUCAAGUAAAUAGUGUUAAAUGGGUUGCGAAUAGCGAUCAUCUGGUAAUCAGUUCGUCGGCCGAUAAGACGGCAAUCGUUUGGGAUUUAAAUACAUAUCAAAUGAUUUACCGAUUGAUAGGACAUAAAGAGUCUAUUAUUUUGAGCCAUUCCUAUCAGUUGAGUGACAAUCGGUUGCUUUCUUUGACCACAUCUACCGAUAAAUGUCUUAAGAUAUGGUUGAAUGACAAACAAAUCGCGGAAUUAUUUGUCGACAGACACGAAGACUGGAUUCGUGCCAUCGAUGUGUUGGAGAUUAAAAAUAAGAGUCUAAUGAUCGCCACAUCGUCUCAAGACUCGUUCAUUAGAGUCCAUCAAAUUGAACGCAUAGAUGACAGACACCACUCAGAUAUGAAUAGUUUGAUCUUUUCGGCCAAAACUAAAGAUGUAAGCAAUGAUUAUUCGGUUCGGUUGGAGACAGUAUUGGCCGGACACGAGGGUUGGGUCACUGAAGUUCGUUGGCAUGAGUUUUCUCACAAUAGAUUUCAAUUACUGUCCGCUUCAAUGGAUAAGACAAUGAUCUUAUGGCAGUCACCCGAAGAACACAAUUUGGAUGAUCUCUGGAUUGAAUGUCUCAGAGUUGGAGAAAUUGGUGGAAACACAUUAGGCUUCUUGGGAUGCGCUUCCUCUACACAGUUUAAUCUGAUAGUCGGUCACAGUUUUAACGGCGCGUUUCAUAUAUGGAGAUGUGUUGACAAUGAAUGGAAACCUGAUAUUGCUAUCAGUGGACACUUCGAUGCCGUAACUGACAUAUCGUGGGAACCAAAGGGCGAGUAUUUGUUGAGCUGUUCGGCCGAUGAAACGACACGAUUGCACGCCAUUUGGAGCUCCAGAAGCGAUGAUAAAAUUUCAUGGCAUGAGAUGUCGAGACCUCAGAUUCACGGCUAUGGCAUUAAAUGCAUAGCAAUGAUAGAUCGACACACAUUUGUUUCGGGAGCCGAUGAGAAAGUGCUUCGUCUCUUCAGAGCGACCAAAUGUUUUGCCCAAAGUUUGAAACACAUCUCAAAUGUUGACAUCUCUAAUGAUAUGGAUGAGAAGGACGUGCCUCACAGCGCAACUGUCCCCACAUUAGGUCUGUCCAACACCGCGGUCUAUGAGCCGCAACAAGUGGACCACGAGUUUAAGCCUACGAUAUUAGAAGUGCCGCCGACUGAAGAGUCACUUCUCCAGAACACGCUUUGGCCCGAAAUUCACAAACUAUACGGACAUGUGUUUGAAUUGUUUAGUGUGGCCUCUAAUAGAAGCGGAACACUAAUAGCUUCGGCUUCGAAGGCUAGUAAAGCGGAAAACGCGGACAUAAUUCUGUGGGACGUAAAAGAGGCUAAACUAUUGUCGAGACUUUCCUCCCAUCAGUUGACUGUCACUCGAAUCAGAUUCUCGUCUGACGACAGAUAUAUAUUGAGUACAUCGAGAGACAGAACGUGGUCUCUCUUCCAACGACAGGACAAUGGAUCAGAUUAUUGUCGAAUCGGAUUUACAGACAAAAAGAAUGGAAUCCAUUCUCGUAUUAUAUGGGACUGCGCUCUCACUCCCGACUGCAAACACUUCGUUACCGUUUCUAGAGAUAAGAGUGCAGUGUUUUGGACAAUUGAUUUGACCAAUAAAUGCGCUCAAAAGUCAACGUUAGGACCCGUGACAGCCAUCGGCCCGCCUCUCAGUCUAUUGGAUUCAAUAACAACUGUUGAUAUUUGUGACAUCACUGUUAAUGAUAACUAUUUGGUUGCGUUUGGACUCGAAAACGGAUUUAUUAGCUUUUAUUACUGGAAUAGUCAAACAUUUUGGUCUCAUUUACUUGAUAUCAACGAUUGGUACGAAUAG